CAUAUACUUAAUCGUUCUUCUGACGUUGAGAAUGUCAUGCUUUAGUUGGAGUCAAACAUAGUAAAAACCUACUUUCGCUUUCCUUUCCCCCAUCUCCCAAAUGCAUUGAGGCUAAAUUUCUCUCUAAAACCUCUUACUGAAAUCUACUUUGUGACACCAUGCCUUUUCAAGUGAAAACAAACUUUUUAAAGAUAAGAAUUGCUGAAGAGGUCAUAUAUCCAAGUACUAUCUCUGUAACAAGUGUUGUACUUUGAUUGAGCCAAUUCGUCCAAUUACAGUUUUAUGUCCAACAAAAGAGACACGAGUGAUUUGAUAAUUUUCUGGGUAACUCGACAAAGUUGGAUGGACUGAAGGCAAUAGAAAAGGAGCAAAAUCAAUGUAAAGCUGAGGUUUUAGUUAUGUUCAAUUAAGUUAGAGUUACUCAAGAGUGAUUUCUUGAUUUUGUGAAAAGGAAAGUUUUGUAAGCGCUAUGCUCUGUGGGACUGAUUUGGUUGGUGUAGGUCAAUCCAACAGUUUAAAGAGUAUAUUUUGUUGGCACUCAGAUAUUUGGGUGGAGAUGGAUUUGAGCUGGGUUUGUUUGGUCUAGGUCAAUUGUACCAGCCAAAACUGGACAAAAUGAGUUAAAUGGGUAAAUUCAAUCAAACUGGUUCUGAACCCACCUAUUUGCAACUGCCUGUUUAUAGACCCAUUAUAUACAUCAGCAUUUCUAUUAUUAGCCGGUGCAGGAGACAUUUCAGAGAGUGAACCCUUAUGGAUCGGAGAGACAAUCAAUCUCCCCAAGGUGAGACUGCUCGAAUUCUGGUGGAAUUCUUAGAGGUUGCCAUCACUUCCAUUGUUUACCUCAAGAGACUCUAUCCUUCUGGUGCCUUUGAGAGGAGGAGAUAUUUGAAUUUGGUUGUCCAUAGAGCUCGGCAUCCUCAACUCAGGAAUUAUAUCCAGAUGUCUGUAUCAGGGCUUCAACCUUUCAUUGAAAAGGGACUGAUAGAGAGAGUGGCUGUUGUGUUCUUUGACAUGGAGAAUGUCCCACUGGAGAGAUUCAUUUUCAAGCUCUCAGUAAACCAGUCAUACGGCUCAAAGGUGGAAGAUGCUGACCUAGAAUUUUCUCUUCGAUCAUUUUUGAUCAAGUUGUCUGUGUCCCAACCCCUGACUAGUGCUCUUUCUCAAGAUUGCAGGUGGGAGAUCGUAGCUUACUUUCAGAUGCUUCCUCAGGCCGAUAUGGGUAGCACAGCUGCCUUGUGGAUCCCGACUGAUACAAAGCAGUGGCAGCAGCCUCCACUUAUAAGCCCCAUCAAGUCAAUGAGUAGUGAACCUUUGAAUGUUCAGUUAUAUUUGGAGCAUCCAAGUUUAUCCAAGAUGACGAACUCUAAGGUUCAACACUUAUGAUGUUAUGCAUAACAUGUAAAUCAGUUGUCACUAAGUAGCAUUUGACGGCUUCCUUUCGAUUUGAUGGGAAUAAUAUGUUGAUAGAUUUUGCCAAUAUGCCCAUUUUCUCCACCAAUAUGUUGCUGGGUCCUAUUUUUUAGUUCA